GCUGGAGCUGGGGAUUGGAGCUCUCAGGGACCCGGUGAUGCCAGCCGCUACCCACGACAGCCACUGUGUCCCAGACUAGUUACUAAUGACCCACUGUGUGUCUCAGGCCGGUCCCUACCCUCCCCGAGCUUGAUCUACACCGGUUUAAAAAAAAAUCGUACAAGGCCAGUUCAGACUGCUUUGGGGUCUUAAGAGAAGCUAUCGGGAGCUAAAGGGCUCAGAAGGAUUCCGAGGGUGAGCAGCCCCGCUGAGGACGCGGCAGGGAGGGGUCUAGAGAAGGCAACGUGGAAAGAUCGCUAUUACACUCGCCGCAGAAUCUGGAAUCCCAACCUGCGACUGGGAUGCGAGGGGUUAAAGGUGCCACGGAAGGAAAAGUAGUCCCGGCCCCGCCCCGGCUGGGCGGAGGGACGCAUCACGCAGGGGUGGGGAUAGCAGAUCCAUGCGCAGGGUUGCUGAGGGUGAAACUUUUCAUUGACUUUGCUCACUUCGGGCCCGGGCGCGGGAAGGUGCAGGUCGUUAGGACUGAGCGUCGUGGGAACCGAGAGGCCAGGACAGGACCAGCCCGACGACCACAUCCCGGGCUGGCCUCCAUCCACCGCGUGACGGGUGCCAUCCUCGGGGCCGCCAUCCCCGCGCCGUCGCCGCCGAGCUCGACCUCCAAAAACAGCGGAAAGAAUCACAUGAGCUCGGUCCUCGUCCCUCUCUACCCUCAACGACGUAAAAGGACACCGUGGCCCUCAGCCUCGCGGCGCCCGGGAAGCUGAGAGAGAGAGACCUCCGUCCCGCGGCCUGCAGAGCGACCCUUCGCGGAGACCCGAAAGCCUCUGGACCCCAGGAUCACUCUCCUCUCCUGCUGCUGCCCGUGGCCUGUGCCCGUGGCCUGUGCGGGUUCUCGGCCUAGAAGAGGAUCAUGCAGCUGGAGAUCAAAGUGGCCCUAAACUUCAUCAUCUCCUACUUAUACAACAAGCUGCCCCGUCGCAGGGCAGACCUGUUCGGGGAGGAGCUAGAGCGGCUUUUGAAGAAGAAAUAUGAAGGCCACUGGUACCCUGAGAAGCCGCUGAGGGGUUCCGGCUUCCGCUGCGUCCACAUUGGGGAAGUCGUAGACCCUGUGGUGGAGCUGGCUGCCAAGCGGAGUGGCCUGGCAGUGGAGGAUGUGCGCGCCAAUGUGCCCGAAGAGCUGAGUGUUUGGAUUGACCCUUUCGAGGUGUCCUACCAGAUUGGUGAGAAGGGAGCUGUGAAGGUCCUGUACCUGGGGGACGGUGAGGUGGGCGGUGCCCCAGAGCUGGACAAGGAGAUCAAGAGCAGCUUCAAUCCCGACGCCCAGGUGUUUGUGCCCAUCGGCAGCCAGGACAGCUCCCUGUCCAGCUCUCCCUCACCAUCCUUUGGCCAGUCCCCCAGCCCCACCUUCAUCCCCCGGUCUGCCCAGCCCAUCACCUUCACUACUGCCUCCUUUGCUGCCACCAAGUUUGGUUCCACCAAGAUGAAGAAGGGUGGUGGGGCCUCAAGCGGUGUGAGUGGGGGCUUGGCAAGGGCAGGCGGCCAGCAGCCACCGUCCCAGCAGCCUCGCCUGGCCCGCUCACCCACAAAUAACCUGCUGAAGCACAAGAGCCUCUCUUUGUCUAUGCAUUCACUGAACUUCAUCACAGCCAACCCGGCACCCCAGUCCCAGCUCUCCCCCAAUGCCAAGGAGUUUGUGUACAACGGUGGUGGUUCGCCCAGCAGCCUCUUCUUCGAUGGGGUGGAUGGCCCGGGCACCAGUGCUGCCGCCCCCUUUGGGAGUAGCGGUGCCAGCACUUGCAACAGCAGCAGCUUCGACGUGGCCCAGGUGUUUGGAGGUGGUGCUAACAGCCUGUUCCUGGAGAAAACGCCCUUCGUAGAAGGCCUCAGCUACAACCUGAACACCAUACAGUAUCCCAACCAGCCCUUCCAGCCUGUUGUGCUGGCCAACUGACCAUCUUCCUGUCUGCCAGGCCAGGAGCCCCCACCGCCACAGGAAAGAGAGAGGAAAGGCCAACCGAAAGAGGGGAAGCAAACUAUAGAAAAGGAUCCCAGUCUUCUCAUUCUCCCGGCUAGGAAAACAGUUCGCCCAGGCACGGAGUAGGAGGGGCUCCGGAAGCACGGAGCGUUGAACUCGCUCGCCCUGACUCUUUCCCUGCCUGCCUCUGAUUUCAUCGGGUUGGUUUGGAUUUUGUAACUUUUUUUUUACAUGUAGUUUUCUAUAUGACAUCUUUAAUGAGUGGUUUCCUGUGCUAAGAGUGGCCCAGAUGUGAAUCGCUGCUCCCUCCUCCCUCCUCCAUGCUCCUUUGGGGUUGGCUUGGGCUCACCCGGAGGGAAGAGCAAAAAGCUGGAGUGGGGAGAGGCUGGCCCCGCGUCCACGGCCCCCACCCUAGCUGUCUUCUCAGGCCCUGCCACCAAAUAGGUCUGGCCCUAGCCUCAAUUCCCUCUCAGGCUGGGCCACAGGAAGCUGCUGACUGGCCACUUGACACCCUCCCCUUAAAGCUACUGUCUGUGAUUAUAGGAAGGUUAGCACUUUCUCUAAUGGAAGUCCUUCUCUGUCUUGUGGCCCCAUCCCUUACCGGCUCUUGGCCUGGACGAGAUCUAUGCAGCCCCUUCCUCCAGUGCAGCCUUUCCCUGAGCCUGAGGUUAGGGCAGAGUUUAGAGUAGGGCUAAGUGUAUGUUUUCAUGUGUGCAUUUAUGCCUGUGCGUGUGUGGCUUGCUGUCAUGGUCUCAAGGAUUCCGAGCCACUCGGAUCUUCCCUCUGUAAAUGUGACCCUGGGUUGUAUCAAGUGUUUAUUUAUGUACAAGGUUGGGGGAUGGACCCAGGGUGGGUUGAUAGUCCAUUUGUAAGGCAGUAUAUGUGUGGGGGUGACAAGUGGCUAAGCCGAAGAAACCCCAGGGGAAAGCGCUGCAUAAGGAACUGGGUUUCCAGACUGCAGAGGGAUCUGCACUUUUGUUUGUUUUUGACCAAAAAAAAAAAAAAAAAGAAACAAAAAAACCAACUCUGAAGGGCAGGAGGAUAGCCAAGCCUGAUGCCUAAGAGGAGUCCCUAGACUUCAGCAACUCCGUUGAGGCCUGAGCCCAGGGAAGGGACGGGGAGAGAAUUUAGUCAGCGCCCGUGGUGGGCAGUCCUGAGCCUUGAAAUGAGACUGCUUUUUGGUCGUAAGUGUAAAUGCGUUUGCACCCGUCUGAGAACUUCUUGGUUCCUGUCCCUUGCCAUACUUUGUCUGCCCUCACCUAGCACUACUUACCUUGAUGCUAUGAGAGCUCUCCUGGGCAGACAAGAGAAGCCCCUGGUGCCCCGUCUUGCUCCAUUCUCCCUAGGGACUCCCAAGUGGGAACUGCUGUGGCAGUGAGUUCAGCCCAGACAGACACUGCCAACCCCAUCUCCUUGCAUUGGGCACUUGCUCUACCUCCCCCAGCAGGGCGCGGCCCUGCGUUCUCAGCCCAGCACCAUCUGUCCCCUAGUCUUCUCCAGCUUGCCCAUUCUGGGCCUCCUGUUCCUUCAUCCUUGGCACCCACACAGGUGACAGUCCCAGGUAAAUAACCUCUGUGGGACAAGUUGGGUGUUGCCUUACCCCCCUUCCCACCCCUCCUCCCACGGGGACACAAGUACCACCUGCACCCAGCCAGCUUGUUUUCUCACACAUGGGGAGCCUGGAGCCCAGCCCCUUGUGUCUUUUGAAAUAGGAAGAAAAAUGAGUGUUGAGGAACAUGGCGCCUGGGCCCAGCUCAGUGUCUCAACGCAAAUGUAGGCGUUUUCGGUUUUAUUUUAUUUUUUUUAAGAAAAAAAAAAAAAACAAAACAAAAUAAAAAAAAAAACAAAACUCUGCACUAAUUUACCUGGUUUCGUAGAAAAACUUUUUUUUUUUAUUUUUUACAUUUUUUGGUGUCUGUUUGUAUUGAAUAAUUUGCUACAUUUGUAAAAUGUAAGAGGUAUAUAUAAUAUAUGUAUAUUUCUAAUGUAAGAAACGUAAUUUUUUUCUUUUCAAGAUUUUUUCUUAAAAAAGAGGAGAGAAACCAAUAUUUUUUCAGGAAAAACAAACUUUAAAAAAUAGGAACAUAAAACCUUUUCCACCCCGCCCCCAUCCUCUCUAUCCCCUCACCCAGGAGCAAAGCAGAAGGUGGAUCAUCUGUCAAGAAUGUCAGCUGUCAGUCUCUUUUGUGAUGCUGUAGAGUCUAUAGCUCUCCCUAGAGAUGGGAGCAGGCCCUGAAGCAGCCGUAGAGAGGAGCCGGGAGCAGGGCGAUGACCCUUUUUCUCUAGUGAAGGAGGAAUGCAAUCAAGACAUUUUGUAUUCAGAACGUUGUGCAAUAUUUUGGAAUGAGACAUUGGUGUGUUUAGAGAUUUAGUUUCAAAAGAUUGAUCAAAUCUGUACAGUUUAUAUUGUUCCAGAUUUUUUUAAGUUUGUAUUAAAAGCAUGAUAUAUAAUAGCC